AUGACAAAGAGACGGGACCUGAACCUGGUGCCUAAAGGAGGCAACGCGAUCUCAAUUUUGGGAUUUAGAGGGUCGACGAGAAGACAUCCGCUUGUAUGUUGUUUAAAUGUAAUGGUUCCUGUGAUGCCAAGAAAUCCGAUAAGAUUCAAUUUUGAACAAAAUCCUAUCAGCCAUCCAGAAUCUUCGGAUCUAAAAUGUCCCGAAAAAUUCUCACUUUUUAUGCUUACAGCACAAUUAGCAUCAAUACGGACGUUAACGGUUAACACACGAAUUGUCAUAGUCGGUGCUUCAAAUUGUGGUCUCGCCUUAAUGGAAUAUUUGGUAUCAAGAUUACCCAGCAAUCACACACAUUUUAGCAAUGUGACUCUAAUUUCUACAAAUGGAUUACCGUACGUAAAAAAACGGAGCAGUCUGAUUUAUUCUAUGAUUCCCUUCAAAGGACGGUACUGUCGGGGUUAUUGGGGAACUGUUCCCGGCAGGGUCUGGGUCACCGUCGUCAAUGGAACAGUUACGGCAAUAAAUAGAAAAGAAAGGAAUGUGAUCAUUACGACGGAAGGGAAGUUGUCUUACGAUUAUCUAAUACUGACAUGUGGACUUCAGUAUCAACCUCCUAAAUAUCCGUUAGAAAUAAACGGAAAGGGGCAACGAGGUGAAAUGUCGAAGUACGCCGGACCCGUUAAUUGUUUGACUAUCAACGACGAUCAGGAAGCUUCUGAGUGUCUGGCAACCCUCACGAAAUCGAUAAAUCAUCACUCAUCAGUGCCAAUUGUUAUAUAUGGCCACAACUUGGAUUGUUAUUGUGCCCUUGAGGCAUUGUUAAAAUUCGGUGUAAAAGGCUCUUGGAUCACAUUAGUUCGGCCACCAUCACCACCAUGCCAGUCUCUUGAUGCAAUCUUUUUCAAUGAUACCGAGGUUUACAAUGCAGUGAUUCAGGCUUUAAUUGAAAACGAAGUGAUUAUAAUUCCAGAUGGUAAGGUAACUGACUGGAUAUUGGAAGAAAUAGGUGAUCAUAAAUAUAUCAAGAAAUUAAAAAUCGAAUCAGAAUGUAGCAUACAAAUGAUAUCGUGUGACUUUUUUUUAUACUUCCACGAAAAAGAAAUUUCAAUAAAUACUUUUAUGGCAAUUUCACGAGCUGGUCUCGUGUUCGACGGUGAACUUGUUAUAGACCUAGAGUACAGAACCAACGAUCCUUUCAUCUUUGCCGCCGGUACAAUGACCAAAUACUCGAGAAAAUAUUGUGCCGAUUCCUGGCAGCAUAAGUACUUCAAUUCCAUGGAGAUUGGAGAGAGACUGGCCAAAUUAUUGAGGAAUACAAUGGAUCCAUGUAAUUCGAUCGGUACGGCUGUAGUGAAAAAACCUAAUAUUGAACGAAAAUUGCAAUUGCCUGUCUUUCGAGAACCUCUUACAAUUUGCUGCACUCUACCAGGAAAAUAUAAUUACUUACAUAUUCGAAAACCUGGAAAGAAGGUUCCAUCAGAUGUAGCUAUCAACUAUGAGAAUUAUGGGAAUGUAUUAAUAUCCGGCAAGUGUGAUAUGCAAAGUGAAUAUUUUCGCCUCCGUCUUAAUCAAUGCGAUAUGGUAGAAACUGUAACCUGUGUCAGCAAUAAGAACUUUGAAGUACUGAACAUGAUGGUGUUGUACGGAGCUCAUGACUCGAUGUUGAACGAUGUAAAACUACGCUUUCGAAGUUCGAUGCUACCGAUCAAUACUCAAGGAAAAAUCCCACAUGACCUUUUAAUGCUACGUAAGACCAGGUGGGCUACGGGAGAUAGGUUGAAAUUGAUAUCGGGACCUCUCUUUUCCUUUCUCUUCUGUUCGAUGGACAUCCCUCCAGUGUCGAACCUAAGAGAUAUUGGGGGGAAAGGCCAAUAG